AUGUAGAUUCGUGAAUUUUCAUUCUGUAACCUGUCAAUUAGAAUGAAAAAUAUAAUUUAAAAUAGUUAUUAAAUAAUUUUUUAUUAGAGCUAUAAUUUUGAUUCCUACAUUAUCUAACACAUCCAUGCAUUUGAUUCUAAAAUCAAAAUAACCAUAUUUUUCGGGAUCUUUAAUCUUCAAUUUCAAUAAUUUUUGUCAAGUGCUUAUUUCCAAGGCCUUGAUUUAUUACACAUGAAUAAAGUUUAUUAUAUAUAUUUUAUUAGAAAUUAUAUUGUUGUCUUAUAAUUCGAUAUAUAUAAAUAUAAAAAAUAAUUAAAUUUAUUUUAUAUUUUAGAUUAUUAUUAAGUUUUAUCAAAGGGAUUAUUAGGUUCAGGAGAAGAAGUAGGAAGUGGUUUUCAAUUAUAAAACCUAAUGUGGAAUAAAUUUUUGGACUUAAGUAAAUUAAUAAUAUUCAUGAUGAAUGAUUUAAAAAAAUUAAAGUGA